CGCCUGGCCUACGAGUGCCUCUCCCAGAGCUUCGACAGCGCCAAGCACUCCCCGACGCUCGUGCCGACGGCCACCAAGCCGGACGCGGUCCAGACGGAGAGCCUGCCCUACACGCAGUACCUCAGCAUGAUCAAGUCCCAGAUCGCCUGCGCCAAAGACAUCCACAACGCCCUCCUGGAGUGCUCCAACAAGAUCACCGGCAAAGUGCCCUCCCAGGGCGUCUUGUAGCCCACCAGGCGGUUCCAGGCCGGCCGCCCCUGGGAGUUUUGAACUGCGGGCCGGUUCCCCGGGUGGCCAGGAGGUGGCUCUCUUGCCCUCAUCCACCACGCCGACUCGCCCGUCCCUUCCCCUCUUUCCCAGCCUCGCCGCUCCUCUCUUUCUCUCUGUCUCUCCUCCACCGACCUCGGCUGGCCUCCAGGAGCUGUUUCCGCCUCCCGCUUUUCAAGAUUUCAAGCGUACCAGUCUGGUUCCCGAAGGGACCCGCGUGCAUCUGGCUCUGAUAAUUGCACGAACCGCAGGUCACCCGUUUCUCCAAGAGCCGGUGGGCUCAUUCUUAAAGGGCGCAGUGUUUGAGGACCAUCCCAUAUAUCCGAAGACAGACACCUCAGCCUGUGCCUGCAUUCAAAAGGAACACUCCGGCGACCCUCUUUCCACCGUCCUCGAUCUCCCCCUGUUGAAGCAGAAGAAGGCAGAAACCGGCCUGCUCCAAAUUCAGAAAUGUCGGCUCCGGCAAGGGGGCCGGGUGGGUGGGGGGAUCUAUUUUGACCAAUAUCUUCUCUUGGAUUUUGCUCUCUACUCUUCAUUUCUAGGGUGGGCGAGGGAACCCAAUUAUCUUAUGUAUUUUGAUUGUCGAGUGUGCCUCUGUUAGAGGGAAUUCCAGAGGCAUGUGCAGAUUUCCCUGGCUUUGGAUCUUUCUGAACCACUGGGAGGCAUCGACUGGAAGUCUCAUCCCGAGGUUAACAAAAUCUGCCCCAGCCAUUUUCCAACGCAGUUUCUCUCCUGCUUAGAGAUGUGAAGGCCCGGAAAUAUUUUGGGGGGGAAAUGUCCCCCCCCCCCGUU